AAUAAAAUUCGGAUAUUGAUUCUCCAUUUUCUCCUAAAACCCUUCCAUGGCCGCCUCCACCGCCUCCACCGCCGUCGCCGCUUGCGCCAACUCCUCUACCUGCCUCAACGCUCGGAUUCAUCCCUCCACCACCUCGUUCACCCUCCCGAUCAAAACCCCCCAAAAACCUCUCCACAUUACUCAAUCCAAAAACCCUAUCUCGGAAAUCAUCGCCACCGGAAAAUCCUCAUCGGAUUUGGAUUCGGAUUCAAUCAUCUCCUUCGACGGCGACGACAAGCCGCGAGAAGAAUGCGGCGUCGUCGGAAUCUACGGCGACGAAGAGGCGUCGCGCCUCUGCUACCUUGCUCUCCACGCGCUGCAGCACCGUGGCCAGGAGGGCGCCGGCAUCGUAUCCGUCCACGAUAACGUCCUCCACUCCGUCACCGGCGUCGGCCUCGUCUCGGAGGUGUUCAGCGAGUCGAAGCUCGAUAAAUUGCCCGGGGACAUGGCCAUCGGCCACGUCCGCUACUCCACCGCCGGCGCCUCUAUGCUGAAGAACGUCCAGCCGUUCGUCGCCGGCUACCGAUUCGGCUCCGUCGGAGUCGCGCACAACGGGAAUUUGGUGAAUUACCAAGCGCUUCGUGAAGAGCUAGAGGAAAACGGCUCGAUUUUCAACACCAGCUCCGAUACGGAGGUCGUUCUUCACCUGAUUGCGAUAUCGAAGGCGCGACCGUUCUUCCUGAGGAUUGUCGAAGCUUGCGAGAAGCUGGAAGGAGCGUAUUCGAUGGUUUUCCUCACAGAGGACAAAUUGGUUGCGGUUCGCGAUCCGUUCGGUUUCCGCCCGCUGGUGAUGGGGCAAAGGAGCAACGGCGCGGUGGUGUUCGCGUCGGAGACUUGCGCGUUGGAUCUAAUCGAAGCAACAUACGAGAGAGAAGUGUAUCCCGGCGAAGUCAUCGUGGUUGAUAAAGACGGCGUUCAAUCCGUAUGUUUAAUGCCUCAUUUCGAGCCAAAAUCGUGCAUUUUCGAGCAUAUCUACUUCGCAUUGCCUAAUUCCGUCGUAUUCGGCCGAUCCGUGUACGAGUCGAGGCGUAAAUUCGGCGAAAUCCUAGCCACAGAAUCGCCGGUGGAUUGCGACGUGGUGAUCGCGGUGCCAGAUUCCGGCGUGGUGGCGGCGUUAGGCUACGCCGCGAAAGCAGGGGUUGCGUUUCAGCAGGGGCUUAUCCGGUCGCACUACGUAGGCAGAACAUUCAUCGAACCGUCGCAGAAAAUUAGGGAUUUCGGCGUGAAGCUGAAGCUGUCUCCGGUGAGGGCCGUGCUGGAGGGGAAGCGCGUGGUGGUGGUGGACGACUCGAUCGUGAGGGGAACGACAUCGUCCAAGAUCGUGAGGCUGAUCAAGGAGGCUGGGGCGAAGGAGGUGCACAUGAGGAUUUCGAGCCCUCCGAUCAUAGCUUCGUGCUACUAUGGGGUCGACACGCCUAGCCCGGGCGAACUGAUCUCGAAUCGGAUGAGUGUGGAGGAGAUCAGGGAGUUCAUUGGGUGUGAUUCGCUGGCGUUCUUGCCCAUUGAUAGCUUGAAGGGGAUGCUGGGGGGAGACUCGACAAGCUUCUGUUACGCGUGUUUCUCCGGGAAGUAUCCGGUGUUGCCAACGGGGAAGGUGAAGAGGGUUGGGGAUUUUCUUGAUGAUGGGUUGAGUGGGAGCAUGGAGUCCAUUGAUGGAGGUUGGCUUAGUGAGAAUAGAAACAAGGAGGAAGGGGUCAAGUCCUCUACCUAGGCUGAUGAGGAAGUAGUAUCGAGGGAUCAUUAUUGAUCAUCUUUUUGUUGGUUGGCAUCGAGGGAUCAUUAUUGAUCAUCUAUUUGGUUCUUUUUGGUUGUAGGUUUUUUUGUGUUGUUGGGAAAUAUGUCAAAUGUGUGGAGGUUAGGCAAGAUUUUGGGUUUGAGUGAUGAUGUUGUAGCUCUCUUUUAUCUAUCUAUGAAGAGUACAAAAUUUUGGUGA